CUGGCUUGCUUCUGUUGCAGACAGGUCGUUACCUUUUCAUUUCUCACAAUUGGGCUGAGCACGACUGAACCAUGGGGGAACACAGUCCAGACAACAGCAUCUACUUUGAGGCAGAGGAAGAUGAGCUGGCCCCCGAUGAUCCGAUGCUCAGGUUUGUGGAUAAAAACGGACUGGUGCCUUCCUCAUCUGGAACUGUCUAUGAUAGGACCACUGUUCUUAUUGAGCAGGACCCUGGCACUUUGGAGGAUGAAGAUGACGAUGGACAGUGUGGAGGACACUUGCCUUUUCUAGUAGGGGGUGAAGAGGGCUUUCACCUAAUAGAUCAUGAAGCAAUGUCCCAGGGUUACGUGCAACACAUUAUCUCACCAGAUCAGAUUCAUUUGACAAUAAACCCUGGUUCCACGCCCAUGCCAAGAAACAUCGAAGGUGCAACCCUCACUCUGCAGUCGGAAUGUCCGGAGACGAAGCGUAAAGAAGUAAAGCGGUACCAGUGCACCUUCGAGGGCUGUCCCCGCACCUACAGCACAGCAGGCAACUUGCGCACCCACCAGAAGACCCACCGAGGAGAGUACACCUUCGUCUGUAACCAGGAGGGCUGCGGGAAGGCCUUCCUCACCUCUUACAGCCUCAGGAUCCACGUGCGAGUGCACACGAAGGAGAAGCCGUUUGAAUGUGACGUGCAGGGCUGUGAGAAGGCGUUCAACACACUGUACAGGCUGAAAGCACAUCAGAGGCUUCACACAGGGAAGACAUUUAACUGUGAAUCUGAAGGCUGCAGCAAAUACUUCACCACACUCAGUGAUCUGAGGAAGCACAUUCGAACCCACACAGGAGAAAAGCCAUUUCGGUGUGAUCACGACGGCUGUGGAAAAGCAUUUGCAGCAAGCCAUCACCUUAAAACUCAUGUCCGCACACAUACUGGUGAAAGACCCUUCUUUUGCCCCAGUAAUGGCUGUGAGAAAACAUUCAGCACUCAGUACAGUCUCAAAAGCCACAUGAAAGGCCACGAUAACAAAGGACACGCGUACAGUGCACUUCCACCACACAACGGAUCCGAGGAUGCACAUCACUCACUUCGUCUGGGUGACUUGAGCCUUCUGUCCACAGAUUCUGAUUUGCGAGAAAAUUUCAAUAUGACACAGGGCCAGGACCUCAGCACAAUUUCACCAGCAAUCAUUUUUGAAUUAAUGUUCCCGAAUCCAGAUGACACAGCAAUUCAGGAAGAUCCUCAACAGACAGCUGCCUUGAUUGAAAGUUUUAAUGGUGAUGCAGAGUCAGUCAGUGAUGUUCCGCCACCCACAGGAAAUUCAGCAUCUUUAUCUCUUCCACUUGUACUGCAGCCCGGCAUCUCCGAGCCACCCCAGCCUCUACUACCAGCCUCAGCUCCGUCUGCUCCUCCGCCUGCUCCCUCCCUAGGAACUGGCUCCCAGCAAGCUGCAUUUGGCAACCCCCCUGCUCUCUUACAACCUCCGGAAGUGCCUGUUCCCCACAGCACACAGUUUGCUGCUAAUCAUCAAGAGUUCCUUCUGCACCCUCAGGCCCCGCAGCCCAUCGUACCAGGACUGUCUGUUGUGGCUGGGGCUUCUGCGUCAGCGGCGGCAGGGGCAGCACCCGUGGCAGCACCAGCCCCACCACCAAGUACUACUGAGCCCCUGCCAGCCAUGGUCCAGACUCUGCCCCUGGGGGCCAACCCUGUCCUAACUAAUAACCCCACGAUAACCAUCACCCCAACUCCCAACACGGCUAUCCUGCAGCCCAGCCUAGUCAUGGGAGAGCAGAAAUUACAGUGGAUAUUAAAUGGUGCCACCGGUUCACCACAAAACCAAGAACAAAUUCAGCAAGCAUCUAAAGUCGAGAAGGUGUUUUUUACCACUGCAGUACCAGUAGCCAGCAGCACAGGGAGCUCUGUACAGCAGAUUGGCCUCAGUGUUCCCGUGAUCAUCAUCAAACAGGAGGAGGCCUGUCAGUGCCAGUGUGCGUGCCGGGACUCUGCGAAGGAUCGGGCCUCUGGCAGGAGAAAGGGCUGUUCUUCCCCACCUCCCCCAGAGCCAAGCCCCCAGCCUCCUGAUGGGCCUGGUCUGCAGCUGCCACCACAGACUUUGUCCUCACCUCCUGUCCCCCUCUCGUCGUCCUCCACCAUACCCUCUUCCUGUGAACAAAACAGACAAGCAGAGACUCCUUCAGACCCUCCGACAGAAACACUAAGUGCCAUGGAUGUGUCACAGUUUCUGUCCCUCCAGAGCCUGGACACCCCGUCCAAUCUGAUUCCCAUUGAAGCACUACUGCAGGGGGAGGAGGAGAUGGGCCUGACCAGCAGCUUCUCCAAGUGAGAGGCUGUGUGCUCACCUGCAGGGAAGGGGGGGUGAGCGGAGCACAGGUGUGAUGCCUGCCGUCCUGGGGUCAGAAGUUGGAAGGAUGAAGAAAUCUACUGUUUGAAACCCUCACCUUUCAGACGUAUUUUCUUUAUUCACAGCCCAGGAGCAUCCAUUUUAAGGAACUGAUCUUUGGGAAAAAAAAAAUCAACAAAAAAAAAGCUAAGUUAUAAAUGAACUGUUUGGCUGCACUGUAUGUCACUUUUGCUUAUUGUCAUGUGAACUUGGAAAUUAAGGUUACUUGUAUGCAUAAAAAUUCUAAAUGAAAGGGCGUGGUUUCCAUCAAUCUGAUACUGCCCACCACUUGCACUGGGGUCUUUGUGAAUCGGCAGGAGAGUUCAGUGUGCUGGGUGUUGCUCCUCCCUGUGUGUCUUUUGAUUCUGAGGCUGACGCUUGCUGGGAAGGCCAGACCCUCGCUCCAUCAGAGAGGGCAGUGCCGAGGCCCGGCAGAGCUGUAGUUGGGCAGGGUGCAGGGAGAUGCCUCUGCUGUGUGCGCUUGCUGUCGGUGGAGCUCAGUGGGUAAUGCAGAGUCGUGGCAGCCCCCUUCAGCGCAAACGGGCAGCUUGAGGCCUGGCCCACAGGCAGGGGCCCCAGGCAAGUUGUGGACUGCUGUCCGAGGAUGACACGUGGGCAGAUCAGGCUCUAGCAACAUGAUCACAGCCUUUGCCUUCCUGGUUCUUCCUUUCCCUCCGUGGGUUGCCAGGGCUUGCCAAUCACAGUGAAUUUUCCUUGGGCAACACCCCUGUUUUGUCCUAGAGUGAACGUGUGGCUUAUGGCCAGUUGCUGGUCAGUGGUCUGCCUUCCUGUUAACGGUAUUUUCUCCUGCAGAGCAGCAGGGCUACAUUUUGCUUAUCAGGAGAAGGUGCGGAUUCCAGGGAGCUCGUGUGGGGUGGCAUGUAAUUGGCAGGCCAGGUGUCCUGGUUCCAGAUUCUAGCCAGGCCUUUGCUUGCUCCCUCCCUUCUCUCUCCCACCCCUCUGGAGUUUGCAUACAGCCUAGUACAGUGCAAACCAGGUCGGGACUUGCUCAGCUUAGUCGUGUGAUUUCUAAAGAAAAAAACAAAAAACAAAAAAUGGUGAUCUUCUACUCAGGGUAAAACAAAACAAAAAAAUUCCCCUUCCACCAAAAAGCCUGAAAUGUUGCAAUAAGUUAUCUCAUUUGGAAUGUUUCAUUAAGUCGUGUUAUAAGAAAAAAAACCUUUUUUUGAUUUACGUAUAGAAUU